AUGUCUCAAAACAUUUCUAUUGAGCAAAUUAAGCAGCUUUUGGAUGAUGACCUCAAGCCCAUCAAAGACGAGUUGGCGGACCUCUCCACGAAGGUGGAUGACCUCUCCACGAAGGUGGACAAGACGAUGACCAAGGUUGACAUCCUUGUCGCGAAACAGCAGAACUCUACAGCAACACGGAGCGACCGUCUGCAGGUGGUACCUCGAUCGGACGGUUCCAUGCCAACGGUGGACUUUCCGGAAUCAAUCCUGCAGCUCCUGGUUGCGGACAACGAAUCUCUGCCUGACGGUCAGCGGAACACCUGGAACAGGAGCAAGUCCAAGGUGCUGCUGCGGCAGUAUGAGGAUGCAAAUGAGAGUGAGAGCGAUACCGAUGACAAUGAGCAAUCAUCAAAGUCGCGGGCACAGAGGCUCAAGCUCGCCCGACUCCUGGGCAUCACAAAUGCCCAGCUCAACUUCGCGCAGAUGACACUGUAG